UUUCAGUGAGCCUCGAGCUGGGCUGGGUCGGAGCUGGUGUCUUGGCUGCUGCUGCGGGGCCGUCGGGCCUGGAUCGGAGUCGGAACCGGACCAGAACUUUGGGCUUGUGUCCUGCGAGCGGCCCGGGAGCUCCCCGGAGCGGGGCGCGGGGGAUCCAUGGGGCGGACCCGGGGACGGGGCGGACCCGGGGACAGGGCGGGGGCACCGGGCGCGCUCGGGCCUGUAGCCAGUGACCGGACCCGGAGGCCGCGCUGAGCUGUAGCGGUCCGAGACUCGAUGCCCAUCGGGGCCAGAAGCCGCCGGGCUCCGCGGUCUGUUCUCCGGUCCAUGCUCCGGAUUUUUGUCGUUUUCUUGAUAACACAACUACCUCAUUCAGAAGCUCUACAAUGCGACCCAGGUGAAUAUGAAAUAAAUGGCGAAUGCUGUCCCAUGUGCAGCGCAGGGAGCAGAGUGCUCAAACAUUGUGGACCAAGUAGCAGCACAACUUGCAUGCCCUGUGUGGACGACACGUAUACAGAGCAUCCCAAUGGCCUAACAGAGUGCAUGAGAUGUAAAGUCUGUGAUGCAGGAGCCAGACUGAUGGUAAAAGAAAAAUGCAUGUAUACGAAGAACACCGUGUGCGGCUGCGCCCCGGGGGAUUUCUGCAGGCACGGUGCAGGCGGGGACUGUGAAAUGUGUAGUCCCUCCACCAUCUGCCUCCCUGGCUUUAAGGUGAAAAUAUCUGGCACAGAAUUCAGUGACAACGUAUGUGAAGUUUGCCCUGAUGGAACCUUCUCAGCAACCAACAUGUCACACGCCUGUCAGCUAUGGACCAAGUGUGAAGAGGAAGGGAUGAAAGAACGAAAGGCCGGGACAGCCACUUCUGAUGCAGUUUGUGUAAAAAGAGGCCUUUCUCCCGCAGUGAUAGCAGUGAUAAUUAUCCUUGCACUUGUACCUGCGGUGGCUGGAGCAGGGUACUUUUUAUGGAGGAGGAAGAAGAGGAAAGAUGGGGGAACACGUGCAGAGGACAUAGGGGAUGAGCUAAACGAAGAGGUUAUGGAAAAUUUGAUACGGACUAGAAAGAAAGGGACUGAUGCAGCCCUCCCUGUUCAGGAAACUACUAAAAAUUCCGGCACAUCCACCCUUCACAGCCCCUGAACAAAGAGAGGCCAGAGCAGAUGCAGUUUUUCAAAGUAGAGGAAGAGAGAGAGCCACUCGUCAGCCCUGCAAGUGAUAGAGGAUGAACACAGAGAGGAGUCUGUACUACAGAUCUAGGGAAUGACCACCAGCCCUGGAUUCUUCUGAAGGCUCAGACCUACUCUAGAAAAAGCUGAAUGAUCAAGGACAGGAGGAAAAUCCCUCUUCACUGCAUUCUAGUGAUCGUCAUCAGUUUAACUUUAGUCUCUCUUGCUGUCUCCUGUUAUGCUGAAGCCUUCCUCACGGACACAUUGUUACGUGUAAUGUCAGCGGACUCUGGGCUCUUGGUUUCAUUUGGUAACUACACUUAAACUUCCAUCUAUUCAUGACAAUAUUUGGGAGUUCCCACUCACAGACCACAAAUACUUAACCUGGUACCCAGAAACCUCUGCUGGACCAGUUGCUCUGCCAUAUUGGACCAGGUGAACACAAAGCAUAAAGUCAAAAUGGAUUUUAUACAUAGCUUUAGUUUUAUACCAGGGCAGCAGAGGAUUGGAACAGAAAUGUAUUAGUGCUGUAAGUUUUAGCUCUUAAUAUCUCAUCUACAUUAAAUCUGCACGUUUACUGUCUUAUUAAUCAGAUUUGCUUUGAACCUUCUCUAUGUGUAAGAUAAAAUCCCAGGUAAGAACUAUGGUUGGAAAUAAAGCUAAAUGUUUUUAUAGUGAAGAUUGGAGGGUGAACUGCACCAACUUGCUACCCUUGAUAAAGCAGCAGUGGGAGGGCUGGACAAUCUAGGUAUCGAUUUGUGAUGCGUAUGAAAGAAGAUAGUGAAGUCACAUUCACCCCAGAGCAGCUGUCCUGUCCUGGGGAGAACAGGGGCUGUGAAGCCUCAUUCAUUGAUAUAUUUAAGCACUGCUGUGGUUGGAUGAGGGGCAGUACAAGAGAGAAAAGCAGCAUGAUGAUUGUUCUGUGGCAGGGUGGAAGUGGGUCUUGCGGAGGGAUUCGAAGGAGAGCGCUGUGGCCUUUUCGAUUAGUCUGGAGCAGUGAACCAGGCAUACGUGAGCCGGGGAAGAAAGAGCCAAGGUGCUUGUGGGAGAGGCAGAUGAAUGGGUGACGGAGGCUGCCAUUGUGGGAGGCCUGGGGGUGCUGGGGGCGAUGCAGUGAGAUCCAGGAGCAGACAGGAAGGGAGAGGCUGCAUUAUGAGGAGUCUUAGAGGUGGGGAAGAGACACUUGUGUUCUCUAGAGUGGGGGAGGGCUAAACCCCUUCCCAGGGCCUGAGGCCCCCUGACUCAUCCAUUACCACUCAGUGAGUGUCUGGUCUGCAACUCAUCCCAGAGUCAGGGGAAAGGCAUGAAACCUGCCCUCCACCAGGGGUUAAUAUUGGUCUGUCAAUCACCUGACUUACCUUCCUGAUGGGCUAAAUCCUUUUUUUUUUUUUUUUUUUUUUUUUUAAAAUGGGUGGUAGCCACUUAGUGAGGAGUUGCUAGGCAGGAUAGCCAUGUGGGGGGGCCCUGCCUGAUUGUUCCCAUUGGUGUAUUUUUGUGAUUGGGUGACCAUCUUGGCCAGUCGACAAACCCCUCUUCCUCUGUUGCUGUCAUUGGCAGAGGAGGUUGAACAGAAUGUGUUUUUUUUCGAUUGGUUAGAUGAGACUUGUUGCUAGUGUGGAAGUAGGGAAAGAAUUAACAAGGAUUUGAAGGGGAUCUUAAUGCAUGUCAGUCAGUUAGCAAGAGUCAGGCCACACUGUAACCCUAAUGACGUGAGACUUGCAGAAGCGAGGAUGGUGUGA